AUGGCGGACGAUCACUCGGCGGGCGACGCCGCCGUGGGCCCGGAGGAGUCCAAAUCCGCCGCGGCUGCGAUUGAUACCAAAACCAUCGCUGUGAACCGGAAGGCCUAUCUGCUCAGCCUGGUUCCGGACCUGACGCUCGACGAGAUCUGGAUGCUGCAAGAACGCCUUGCCAAGCUCGACCUACGGACCGACAUCUUUGCCCGCCUGCCGCCGGAGCUGCAGUUUAUGGUGGCCGACAGCCUGGGCCCGGCCGACCUGGGCUGCUGUUUGCACGUGUCGUCCAUGUGGCGGAGCGCCUUCUUGCACGAGUCCAUGCGCAAGGACCUCGCACGGCGGUGCUUCCCGUCGCUGUUGGAAUACGUCGAUGCCGUGCGGACGGAGAUGGCCAAGGCGGGCACCGACGGAGCCGUUGCACAGCGUGACGAGACCACCGAACGGACUGAGAGCACCGGAGACUCCAACGACACCAAGAGCGCCGACAACGCGGAAGGGACCGACAUCGUCGACAACACCGGAGCGGCCGGCGGCCAAAACGAAAAGGACCACAACGCCCACGUCGACCUGAUAUUUUCCGAAACGGCACGCAAGUACGCGCUCCGGGCGCUCGGUCGCUUCCGAUAUGUGUUCCGUCACUGCCGGACGCCGCCGUUCACAGUGGCAGAAAAGGCGGCCGCCAGGAUAGCAGGGAAGCCAGUGAGCGAGGUCACGGCGAGCGAGUCAACAUGGCUGGACCAAGGACGCCCGCUCGCUCGACGGAGAAACAAAAUACGGCAACGGCGGCAGCAACAACAACAGCAACAACAGCAACAACCGGAGCCAAGCUACGGAAUGGUGUAUGCCGAGGCCGUACAACGGGUAUGGCAGCCGCCACGGCCGCACGACCUCUUUCAGAACCGGGCGGAUCCAGCCCUCGAUCUGCACAGUGAUGAAGACGACGAGGACGACGAAGACGACGGCGUUGUCUCGUUUCACGGGGCAGACUACGCAUACGGUCGACUUGCAUGGCAGUGCCUGCGGAACAACGACACGUGGUUUCUUGUGGAUGACUUGCGUGAUGGGCGGCGGCUCCCUCUCUGUGUGCCAAACGACCACCGGCGAGGCGAUUCGUUCUUGCUCGUUGGCUUUGGCGACGAAUUGCUGCUGGCGGCGUCAGGACACCGCAUACUCGCCUGGAACUUCGUCACCGGCGAACAACAAGACAAGCAGCUUCCAGCACAGAUGGACACCGUGCAGACGCUUGGCAAGCGCACCUGCAUCUUAGCGGACGGCCACGUGUACUUUUGGGAGUUUGGCGGCAUGCUCCGCGAGGUCGAUAUGAGUGGCCUGGACGAGAAGCACCGGCAGCCCGACGUCGACGGCCGCCUGCCGAGCUUCUUCAUCCUCGACCCUGUCAACGAAGCCGUCUUUUACCUGGGCAACUUUGAGCUCGACGGGGGCCAGAUGGGCCGCAACGGCAAGCUCAGCUUCCACCUGCACAUGUUUGACGACCUCCGCUACAAGGAAACCUUUUCCGACCACAUCCACUUUGACAACUACGCCUUCCCCCGCUGCCUCAUAGAGGCCACCGUGCGCCGCAACGCGCGCGGGCUGUACUCCCUGGCGUCGUGGCGUGCAGGCUCCGGCGCGCCAGGCCCUACACGCAGUGUGUCGACCGGCGAGGUCGUCGGCGUGGCAUCACUCGCGUUCAACAUCUACACAAAAACGUUUUCGCUGUCCUUUUUCAGCCUGCCACCCGCGACACCGGCCGCAGGCCGCGAGGGCGCGCAGCUGAUUCGCAUACACAUCUGGAACGACCAGGUCAUCACCAUUGUCGACCGAUACCGCGACGCGCCGCAGGGCAAAGUGCUCCGCUCCAAGCCGCUGCUCUUUGCGUUCGACGACGAGUACAGCGAAGCCGCGCGCUGUUCGGCGGCGAAGCCGUUCUCGAAAGUGCCCUUGUAUACGUCAACGGUGGACGACGAGGAUGACAUGGACGAGUUUGAAAGCAACAGCAAAAGCCAAGACGCUACGGGUGCUACGAGUGCACGACCUCCGCAAGCGCAUUGCAACACCCACGUCAAGCCCGAGCUCCGGCAGCAGGUGCGCUUCGACGGUCUGGACCCAGGGACCCCCGGCCAGUGGCUGCAGGACGACGACGACUGGACCAAGAACAAUUGUCUGCUGCGGUUCGCGCUCGACGUGGACUCGUCGCCGUCCCGUGCGGACCCCUACCGGCCGGCGCACAUCGGCUCGUAUUUCAUGCAGGGCGACGACGACUUUCUCGUGUUCCGGCACGACAACGAAUACACCAUCUGGAGCUUCCGCGACGACAUCGUGCACAGUGUCGCACAUUCGGAUGAGACUGCGGGCGGUGCAGUCACCACGGGCGACGCUUCUGCAAGCUGA